CUAUCUAAUAUGACAGUACUCGAAAAACAUGAAAUGGGUCACCCACGACUGCUUUCUCUCUCCCUUCUCCUCUUCCUUCUCUUCUUCUCUUCACCCCAAACAUCCCUAUCCGCACCAUCUCCUCCAACUUUCAAACCACCAGACAACUACCUCCUCGACUGCGGUGCACCCAAAACAACCGACCUUCCUGAUGGACGCACCUUCCGAUCUGAUCCUCAAUCCUCUUCCUUCCUCUCCACCGCUGAAAAUGUCCAAGCAGCUACCUCCAACAUUUCCACAAACAUAUCAUCUUCCCCUCUCUACCUCACCGCACGCAUCUUCCCCGAAAGAUCCACCUAUACAUUUUUCAUUUCUCAACCAGGCCGUCACUGGCUCCGCCUCUACUUUUAUCCUCUCCCCCACACCUUAUUCAACCUCACCAAUGCAAUCUUCACCGUAGCCACCGACACCACCGUCCUCCUACAUGACUUCUCCAUUCCUCUCGACUCAUCUGUCGUCUUCAAAGAAUACCUCCUCAACAUCGUCUCCAACAGAUUCUCCCUCAGAUUCUUACCCCUCAAGGAUUCAUUCGCAUUCAUUAAUGCUAUCGAACUCGUCUCCGCUCCCGACACCCUCAUGACCGAUACAGCCACUGCAUUCUCCCCUACAGGUGAAAUCGCUGAAUUCACAGGCGUAUCUAAAUUUGCAUUAGAGAUCUUAUACCGUCUCAAUGUAGGCGGCGAUCUCAUCGUCACUGAUAAUGACACCUUGGGAAGAACCUGGCGGCCCGAUUCCUCUUUCCUGAAAUUCGCUCCCAUGGCACAGAACGUUUCAAUCUCACCCAAAUCAGUCAAUUACUUACCUGAUGAUAGCAAUGUAGGAGGCCACGCCACCCCACUAAUUGCUCCUACCUUGGUUUAUGCAUCAGCAGUCGAGACGGCUGAUUCAAAUGUCAUCGACCCCAAUUUCAACAUCACCUGGGAAUUUAAUGUAGAUCCCAACUUCUCUUACCUCAUCCGGAUGCAUUUCUGCGACAUUGUUAGCAAGCACCUCAAUGAUCUCUACUUCAACGUCUACAUCAACGAGAUGAUUGGCAUUUCUCAAUUCGAUCUCUCGACCAUCACUUCCGGGCUGGCAGUCCCCUAUUACCAGGAUUUUGUUGUAAAUGCUUCUUCUAUUUCCAACCAAACAGUUCUUGUGCAGGUGGGACCAGCUUCUGAGGUUGAUUCGGGCACGGUUAAUGCCAUCCUCAAUGGGUUGGAAGUGAUGAAGAUGAGUAAUUCAGUGGGAAGUUUGGAUGGUUUUUUCUCUGUGGAGGGGUCGAGGAUUAUAUAUCGAGAUCCCAACUCUGGUAUCAGCAGUAAGAAGAGAUUGAUUGCAGUUAUCGGGCUAAUCAUGUCUGUAGGUGGGUUGAUAAUGCUAGCUGUUGUUUUCUGCCGUUGGCAGAAGCGGCCUCAUGACUGGGAGAAGAGAAACAGUUUCUCUUCUUGGCUACUCCCACUUCACGUUAGCCACUCCAGUUUCAUGACUAAGGCUGGAUCGCACCGCAAUCCCUUUGGCUCUCACAAGAGCAAGAGUGGCUACUCGGGCUUCUUCUCCUCCACACUCGGGAUUGGCCGCUGCUUCAGCUUCGCAGAAUUACAAGAAGCAACUCACAACUUCGACGAGAAGGCAGUAAUUGGAGUUGGAGGGUUUGGGAAGGUCUACCUUGGCGAGCUCGAAGAUAAGACGCAGCUAGCGGUGAAGAGAGGAAAUCCUCAAUCAGAACAAGGGAUCAAUGAGUUUCAGACAGAGAUACAGAUGCUUUCAAAGCUCAGACAUAGACACCUUGUCUCUCUCAUUGGAUAUUGCGACGAACAGUCGGAGAUGAUUUUAGUAUAUGAGUACAUGUCCAAUGGCCCACUUCGCGACCAUCUCUAUGAUUCCAACCUUCCUCCUCUCUCAUGGAAGCGUCGGCUCGAGAUUUGCAUUGGUGCUGCACGUGGAUUGCAUUAUCUCCACACAGGUGCAGCACAAGGUAUAAUCCAUCGAGAUGUCAAGACCACUAAUAUCCUACUCGAUGAGAAACUAGUAGCGAAGGUUGCGGAUUUCGGGCUAUCUAAAGCAGGUCCCAGCUUGGAACAGACUCAUGUGAGCACAGCUGUGAAAGGGAGUUUUGGAUACCUGGAUCCAGAAUACUUCAGGAUGCAACAACUGACAGAGAAAUCGGAUGUGUAUUCAUUUGGGGUCGUGCUUUUUGAGGUGUUGUGUUGUAGGCCUGCCAUAAAUCCAGCACUCCCAAGAGAGCAGGUGAACUUAGCUGAAUGGGCAAUGCAGAGGAAUAGGAAAGGACUCUUGGAGAAGAUCAUAGACCCACAUCUCGUCGGUACAAUAUGUCCUGCUUCGCUGAAGAAAUUUGUUGAGGCAGCUGAGAAAUGUCUGGCAGAUUAUGGAGUUGAUAGACCUUCUAUGGGAGAUGUGUUGUGGAAUUUGGAGUAUGCUCUGCAACUCCAAGAGGCUUGGGGGAGGGUUGAUGAUGAUGAUGAUCCAACUGAAGCUAACAGCUCCAAGCUUAUUGUUAUGGCAGAAUCUGGAUCUACAGCUGCUGCUCCCACGUCGACCAGGUAGUAGGAUCUCAAGGGAGGUAAUAAAAAAGAAAACAAAACAAUCAAGGGGCAUUCAUUACAUCUCCAUUCUUUUU